AUGUCGGCCAGCGAUAUCCUGAGCGAAGUGGAUGGAGUACCGUCAGAGCGCCUGCAUGCCAUCAUUGUCACUGCCCUCACUCAAGACAUGGCAGUCACCUUUCCAAAUGUAUUUACGAACGCACAAAGUGCGACGUCGGUCGAGAAUCAUCAUUCCCGGGAGCUCCAGGCACACUUGCAGCUCAGGGCCUAUAUGAACACCAUUCUAGAACACAUGUACAACAUCGAUCGAGCCUAUUGCCGCCCAAGACAUGUUGCGGCGGUUGUUACCGAUAUUGCCCGGCGUCUGGAUCUGUGGUACUGGACCCUUCCCCUGACUAUGAGAUUUCCUCGACACCCGUCGUCUUUCUGUUUGGCCUCCGAAGAUAUGUCGCACAUCAUGGACGAGUUGAGUUUUCGAUACUACGCAACUAUAUUCCUUGUCAAUCGCCCUAUAUUGUACCACGUGCUGCACGUGAAAUAUGAAAACGCGGUCAACUCCUCCAACCCUGAUCCUCCUGGAUACGAUCCGAUCCAGGAUUCGUGGGUGUUCGAGUCUUGCCACAACUGCGUGCAGAACGCGACCAUGAUUAUUCUUCUGCACUCAAGAAGACAGCAAACCGGCCGCCACGAAUAUUUGGAGAGUUGGUGCAAUCUCCAGCACCUUGUCGCCGCAUAUGCAACCAUCCUUCAGGUUCAGACAUCGGCGAUCUCAAUCCUUCUACAAGGCUAUGGAGAUCCGGAUCACUUACUUGACCUUGCCGAAGUUGUGCUUGAGAAAGGCUUGAACAGGCCUGCCAAUAUUCGCGAAUCGUUGGACAUCCUUAGAAACAUUCGACAAAACUUUAAGAGGAGUACGCCACCCACUCCAUGGACGGGCAAUGGCUGUGUGGCUUCACCUGUCUACUCUGUCGCGAGCCACAAGAGCCAGGUCGGCCACCAGAGCUAG